AUGGCGGAGAUCAAGAUCGACAGCAAGCUCUUCCAGGAGCGCCUCUCGCACUUCAUCACUGCCUGGAAGAAUGAUCUCCGCUCCAAAGACGGCCUCUUUGGCGGAGUGUCGUCCUUCGUUAUCAUGAUGGGCAAGGUCGAAGAGGUCCCCGAAUUCCACAAGAACAACGCCGUGCACUUUUGGCUUCUGGGAUACGAGUUUCCGACGACGUUGAUGCUGUUCACUGUCGACACCCUCUACAUCCUCACCACUGCAAAGAAGGCCAAACAUCUCGACCAGCUCAAGGGUGGCCGUUUCCCCAUUGAGGUACUCGUGCGAGGCAAAGAUGCGGCCGAAAAUGAGAAGCUGUUUGUCACUGUGGCAGACAAGAUCAAGGAAGCGGGGGCAGAAACUAACUUGGGAUUACAACAGAAGAAAGUCGGGAUCAUUUCUAAAGAUACGUCUAAGGGGCCGUUCGUCGACGAGUGGAAGAAGGUGUUUAGCGAGCAGUGCAAAGACAUUGAGGAAGUCGACAUUUCCACCGCCUUGUCCACCCACGCCUUCUCUAUCAAGGACGAAAGCGAACUACGAGCGAUGCGAACUGCUUCCAAAGCUUGCGUGGCUCUCAUGACACCCUAUUUCCUCGAUGAAAUGUCCAAUAUUCUCGAUGCCGAGAAGAAAGUCAAACACUCUGUGCUGGCAGACAAAGUCGACAAAAAGCUCGAUGAUAAUAAUUUCUGGAAGACGGUGGAGCUUCCUAGCAAAGGCAAGCUGCCCUCCGACCUCGAUCCCACUCAGCUGGAUUGGAUUCUGGGGCCCUCGAUUCAGAGCGGUGGCAAAUACGACCUGCGAUUUGCUGCUGAACCCAAUGACGACAACCUGCAUGCCGGUAUCAUCAUUGCUGGUCUGGGUUUGCGAUACAAGUCGUAUUGCUCAACAAUUGCACGCACCUACCUCGUUGAUCCAAACAAAUCUCAGGAAAGCAACUACAAGCUCCUUUACAUGGUACACAACACCAUCAUCAAGGAAAUCCGCGAUGGAAUGGCGGCAAAGGAUGUCUACGCAAAGGCGCUGGCUGUCAUCAAGAGCAAGAAACCAGAAAUGGAAAAGCAUUUCCUGAAGAACGUUGGCUGGGGAGUUGGGCUGGAAAACAGAGAUCCUACUCUCACACUAAAUGCCAAGAAUCAGCGAGUUCUCAAAGACGGGAUGACUUUGAUCAUCAACACUGGCUUCCAAGACAUUGAGAACCCCCAACCCCAGGACAAGAACAGCAAAACCUACUCACUUGUCCUCACCGAUACCAUUCGAGUGACAUCUGGAGAGCCAGUGGUCUUCACAUCUGAGGCGCCGACAAGCGCCGAUGCCAACUCAUUCUUCUUCAAAGAUGACGAGGAGGCAGAGCCUACACCCAAGAAGGAGAAGAGAGACUCAAGAGUCGGUGCCGUUGCGACAAAGAACAUCACCAGCACUCGACUUCGUUCCGAACGUACCGCACAAACAGAUGAAGAUGCAGACAAGAAGCGUCGAGAGCAUCAGAAAGGGCUUGCUUCCAAGAAACAGAAGGAGGGCCUGGCCAGAUUCUCUGAAUCUACCAGUGGUCAAAACGGAGGAGAGGUCAAAAAGUUCAAACGUUUUGAAUCAUAUAAGCGGGAUAACCAGUUCCCAUUGAGGAUCAAGAACCUUGAGAUUGUUGUCGACUCAAAGAACAGCACUGUUGUUCUUCCCAUCAUGGGACGGCCCGUUCCAUUCCAUAUCAAUACUAUCAAGAAUGCCAGCAAGAGCGACGAAGGCGAAUUCGCAUUUCUGCGAAUCAACUUCUUGUCUCCGGGUCAAGGUGUUGGCAGGAAAGAUGACCAACCAUUUGAAGACGCAUCCGCGCAUUUCGUUCGAAGCCUGACAUUCCGGUCACUCGAUGGAGAGAGAUACAGUGAGAUAGCUACUCAGAUCUCGAACCUGAAGCGCGAUGUGGUGAAGAAGGAGCAGGAGAAGAAAGAUAUGGAGGAUGUCGUGGAACAGGACAAAUUGGCGGAGAUAAGAAAUCGUCGCCCGGCUGUUUUGGAUAACGUGUAUAUCCGACCAGCUAUGGAGGGCAAAAGAGUCCCUGGAAAGGUCGAGAUACACCAGAACGGUAUCCGAUACCAGUCUCCUCUCAACGCUCAGCAUCGCGUGGACAUUCUCUUCUCCAAUGUCAAGCACCUUUUCUUCCAACCUUGUCAGCAUGAGCUGAUUGUCAUUAUCCACAUUCAUCUAAAAGAUCCCAUCAUUGUGGGCAACAAGAAGAAGACCAAGGACGUGCAAUUCUACCGUGAAGCGACUGACAUUCAGUUUGACGAGACUGGAAACAGAAAACGAAAGUACCGCUAUGGAGACGAAGACGAGUUUGAGGCUGAACAAGAAGAACGGCGCCGCCGUGCCGAGCUAGACAGGCUUUUCCAAGGCUUUGCCCAGAAGAUUGCCGAGGCCGGCCGUAGCGAGAAUAUUGAGGUUGACAUGCCCAUCCGAGAUCUAGGGUUCAACGGCGUGCCCUUCCGCAGUAACGUCUUCAUCCAACCAACCACGGACUGCCUGAUCCAAGUUGUGGAACCACCGUUCAUGGUUAUUACAAUUGAAGAUAUCGAAGUCGCUCACCUGGAACGUGUCCAAUUCGGUUUGAAGAACUUUGACAUGGUAUUCGUUUUCAAAGAUUUCACGCGUGCCCCGUAUCACAUCAAUACUAUUCCCGUCGAGUUCCUUGACCAGGUCAAGGAUUUCUUGGAUUCCUCCGACAUUGCCUAUACGGAGGGUCCCCUCAACCUCAAUUGGCCGACCAUUAUGAAGACGGUCAACCAAGAUACCCAUCAGUUCUUCGUUGAUGGCGGUUGGUCGUUCUUGCAGGCUGACUCGGACGAUUCUGGCGCUGAAGAUGAGUCCGACGAAGAGUCUGCUUUCGAGAUGGACGAUGAUGAGAUGGACGAGGUUUCAGAGUCCAGCGAAGGGGACUCCGACUUUGGUAGCAACGCAAGUGAUGACGAUGAUGAAGAGGCCGAUAUUGACAGUGAUGAUGAGGGCGAGGACUGGGAUGAGCUGGAGCGGAAAGCCAGUAAGCGCGACCGCGAAAGUAACUUGAACGACGAGGAGGAUCGCGGUGGCAAGAAGAAGUCUCGCAAGCGAUAA